AUGUAUCGGGAUCUUGGUAUCCAUUGGGCAUCGGCAGUACUGGGUUUCAUCGCGCUCGCAUGCUUUCCCUUCCCCAUUAUAUUCUACAUAUACGGGCCCAAGAUCCGCGCAAAACGCAAACAUGCAGGCGAGUCAGCUCAGGUAAUGGAAACUUUGCAGAGGGAGAUGCUCAAUAGAGCUGUUGCAACACAAGGACUGGAUGCAAAUAGCAAAGAAGGCGUUGCUGAGGUCUGA